AUGGAGUCAUUAAACCAUUGUAAAGAUUGGUUAGAUGACUUCUAUAGCCUUGUUGACCAAAGCAAAAAUAUUCCUGUUGUAUUAGUUGGAAAUAAAUUAGACUUAAUUACUGAUGAAAAUAAUGUUCGUAUUCCUGAAGACAUCAUUAAGAAAUUUGUUUCUAAUAACGAUAUUCCAUUGUACAUUGAAACCUCAUCCAAGAAAGAUAUUAAUAUUGAUUCAGCCUUUCAAGAAAUGGUAUCUAUUAUUAUCAAAAGAAAUCUUCAUAUAAAUGAAAAAAAGAAUGAGAUUGUUGAAAUAACACAAGAACAAGAGAAUAUUCCAAGAAGUAAUCAGCAAACAACCAAUGACUGUUCUUGUUAA